AUGGUCUCCCCUAGUGUUCUCGCUUUUGACGCUGAGGGUCGAGCCAUCGACUUUGAGGUUUGGGUAGAUAACCUGCAGCUCUUCUUACAGUGCUAUAGGGCAGACGGUCUCUCCCUCUUUGACCUCACCUCUGGCGCCUCUCCUGCCACUGCUGCUGAUGCUGACCCCACUGUUCGCUCCCAGUGGGCCACGCGCGAUGUUGCUGCACGUCUUGCUGUGCGUCGCCACCUGCCUACCUCUGAGCGCGCGCACUUUACUCAGUACAAGAGUGCUCACACCUUAUACGACGCUGUAGUUGCGCGCCACUCUUCCCCUGCCACUGCUGCACUGAGCCGCCUCAUGCUACCGUACCUCUUUCUUGACCUUGCUGCCUUUCCCACAGUCGCUGACCUCGUUACGCACCUCCGCACUAGUGACACUCGCUACCGCGCCGCACUUCCUGCUGAGUUCUGCGCCAAGAAUCCCCCCCCCAUGUACAUCACUCUCUAUUAUAUAGUCACUCGCCUCCCUUACUCCCUUCGCGUUGUCAGGGACCACUUCCUCUCAGUCUGUCCCACCACUCUCACUGUUGACCCCUUAGAGAAGGCCCUCCUCGCAGCGGAGAAGAGCAUAGUCGCUGUAGGAGCCUCUCCUGGUGACCCUCGCACCCCCAUCUUUGAGGGACGCCGCUCUGGCAAGGGCAAGGGUGGCAAGGGCGCGGGUGGGGCUAGCGGGGGUGGUGGAGGUGGCAAUGGGGGCGGCGGGGGAGUGGGGGUGGCGGUGGGAGUGGUGGCGGGGGUGGAGGUGGCGGUGGCAGUGGCGGAGGCGGAGGCGGCGGUGGCGGUAGCGGUGGGAGCGGCGGCGGCGGUGGCGGCGGAGGUGGAGGCGGCGGUGGUGGAGGAGGUGGAGCUGGUUGGGGUGGUACUUCUCAGCGGAGCGGCUCCGGGAGUGGUCAGCGCCAGCAGCAGCAGCGUUCUCUGGACAUCCCCCCUCCUCAGCAGCUCCGUGAGUGGUACACGCAGCGUCAGCGUGGUGGGGGUUGUCUAG